AAAAAAAAAAAAAAAAAAAAAAGUGAAACGUGUUAUAUAUUUUUGGAAAGCUGAGAUUCUUGCGAUUCGAAUGAUACUAACUAUUUUAAGAAACCAUUAACACAGCAGGUACAAUCAGUGUCUUUGUCUGACCAGCAACAACCGAGAAAACAAGAAUAGAACUGAGGAAACUCACCUAUAAUGCCUUUAGUUUGUCCAAAAAUCCAUUACAUUCCAAAAAAAACGGUGUAGUUACACUGGAAAGGGUCCAGACUAUCCAAUUCAGUGAAAUAUUUAGUCCAUAGCAAAUGUAUAUGUUGAUAAACAUCCACAGACUGAAGUAGUAUCAUCUCAGAUUAGCCGAUAGAGCAAUCAAUACAUCUGUGUUUCCUCACGUGUAACUUGUGUUUGCCUGCAGAGAUCACGAAAACAAUGGUCUUAAAAUGGCCGCUGAACUCUGCCCUUUUGAUAGACACCUCUCUUGAGCCAAUAGCUGCUUCUAUGAGGUGUUUAUGGCCAGUUAUAGCCAAUAAGCUUCACCUUCAAUGGACUGGUCAGCCUCUCUUUGAUGGACAAUAGAUCGAGCCUAUUGCAUCAGAGUUUGGAAAUGACGGUCGUUUCUGAUAGCCAAUGAAAUUCUGAAAAGAUUAAUAUGCAUUUUUAGUCGGGGGGAUCAAACUAUCAACACAUAGCUCGGUGCGCAAAGUGAGACAGGAUCUCGUGCGUCAUGCGCCAUGGGGCGGGCGCAUAAGUCACUCAUAUAGUGGACCGUUCUCAGGGAGUUUUGAGCUUGGAGAAAGUUUGACGAAGAGAGAAAUGGCGAAGAGAACGACGAAGACAAACUUUUCACUCGAAGAAGUUGUGGAACAAUGCACUCGGCGUGACAGUGAUGAGUCGGAAGAUGACAUUAGUGACGAAGAGCGCACGUCUCAUCUGUUGACUCCAUAGAGGAGGAUCUGUUUUUGGACGGGGAGGACGUCACUCUCGACAAACAAUCACCUUACACUGAAUCAGAUGAAGACUGGGAGCCAGUGGAGAGACACAAGAGAUGUGUUUAUGUUCAACAAUCCACACAGCCCAUACUGGGGAUACCAUUCAGAGGAGAGUCAAAGAUGAGGAUGGGCACUGGGUGUUGUGGGAGAUCUCUGUUCCACCAGCAGUGAAAGAGUUCAACCGGUGCAUGGGUGGAGUGGACCUCUCUGAUGCCCUGAUCACCUAUUACAAAGUCAUCCACAAGACCCAGAAGUGGUACUUCAUGGACAUUGCCAUUGUGAAAGCCUUCCUUCUUUACAAGGUUAUCACUAAAGGUAAAGGACAGGUACCAAUGCACCAGAAGGCAUUCAGAGAGACUCUUGUUGAAGAGCUGUCAGCGGCAGCAACAGUUGACAGACCUGCUCCAUCGCCCACUCCACACAGAGCACAUCACAAGCCUGUACAUAUAAGUGGAGACAGCACCACAGGUCGUCUGAGGUGCAGACAUUGCCAUGCAAAGACACCUGUGAAGUGCUCUUCUUGUGAUGUGCCUUUGUGCUUUUUGCCAAGUCGUGAUUGUUUAUAA